UUGGAAAGGUUAUGCAUCGUUACCAAUAAACUGUAAUGGCCGCCCAUCACUAAUCGCGAACAGCUGAUGUACGUCGUUCUAAUUCCCAAAAACCAUAUUGUUUUGUUUAAUUUACUGUGUAAAAUUAUUUAAAUGAUACGUAACACAUCUCGCUAUAUUGUGGGGAUAACAGGAUGUCACUGACCAUUCAACAAAUUAUUUUGGACGCAAAACGACUCGCAGGCCGCCUUAAAGAACGAGAAAGCGAAGCGGAUGAUCUUUUGACUAACACUCAAGUAGCUUUUCGACAAAUCUCUAGCAUGAAACAGUACAAAGAAGAAGUAGAUACUCUUAAUGAGGCAUCUAGGGAGAGGCCUCGCGGAGCACUGAUAGCCAGCAUAGAAAGAGAAUCUCGCUUGAUGAGGGAUGUUCAAAGGGAGAAUGGUGAACUUCGGGCUGCACUGGAAGACCACAGACGUGCCCUUGAGCUCAUCAUGACAAAGUACCGUCAGCACACUGAGAAGAGGAUGUGGGAGUCACGGAUAGACUUUACGGCAGCUGUUAACGAGAAGCAACAAGAGUUGAUCCGUCAACAAGCUGAAAGGAUCAAUGAGAUGACCAGUGUUAUGUACAAAGCAGUUAAUAUGGAUGAAAACGGUGAUUCCCGACAAGAAGAAGAACUCUACCAAAGGCUCAUUACUGAAAAUAAGGGAUUGAGAGAGAUGUUGGAUCUGUCGAAGCAGUACGGGUCAGACAAAGCGUGGGCGCCUCCCACGCAAGACAAGGACGUCCAGACGGACGGGCCGCCGCUGUCCGGCGCGUGACGAGCCGCGGAGCCCAGCGCGCCCCGCGGGCCCCACAGCUAGGCUCGCCACACCUGUCGGCACAUUCCUGCUCUCCCCGCCCUUACCGCGACCCCCACCAACUCACAAACUCUCCAGUCACUGACGUGAAUAAUACAAGUACCCUGGACUUAAAAUGAAAUGAUAUUUAGUGCAAAUGGCCGCUGUGUUAAGGUGUGAAAUUUAUGAAUUGUGAAACACAAUUUUCGUGAAUUUUUCUGUUUCUUUUUUGACGUUAAUCAACAGAGUAAGUGUAUAUUUUAAAAUUCGUUAUCAAAGGAGAAAGCAAAAUAUUUUUCCACAAAUGUCAUAAACACACGUGUCAAUAUGAUCGUAAUCAGCUCCAAAAUGGCGAAAAUCAAUGAGGGAUCAUGUUUACAAAACGAAGUCCAGAGUACUUAUAGUGGUCAGUGCUACACCCCCACCAACUCACAAACCCCUUCAGUCCCCGAGGAUGUGCGGGCAGGGAGUUCGCUAACCGUUCCAGUAUACAUUUCUACUGUUACAUGUUUUGGAUGUUUAGUCUUUUGACAGUAUCUUUCAUAUUUUCACAUGAUGUGCGUGUGACAAAACAUACAGCGAAUAACUGCAAUAUAGCUGUAAAUUGAAUACUUUCCGUUUCUAUAUUUGAUGUUGAAUAUUAUAAAAUAGAUGUUGAUAUGUAUUUACUGAAGCAUUUCAUGUUAAAAAUGUAAAAGUCUCAUCUCUAUUAUUAUUGCAGGGUGAGAACAAACCGAUCGGUGAGACAGAAACUGUGAUCUUGUAUUGCUGUUAAGUUGAAAAAUUUCUUCUAUCGCAAUAUCGCAUUUUCUAUUGCUAUGUAUAUAUAAAUCUUUAUAUUACUUACAUCACUCAAUCACACUCGAUAUGAAAUAAUAUGCUACUUUAAUUUAAUUGUAGUAUAAUUAUUUUAUGCUUAUGAAUUAAAUCGUCUGUAUCUUUAUUAUAUAUAAUAAAUCAUUUUUCACUUCGCACAUAUUCUUACGAAACAUUUAGACUUUAACAAUAAAUUAUAAUACUCAAUACUAUGUACCACAAUGUAUUCUAGAAAAUUUACUUCUUAGAUUACUCGAAUCGUUAUAUUAAAGUAAUUGUUAUUUUGUAAGAACAGUACUUCCUGGGACCCGUUACUUACCUGUCAUAGAAUAAUUAUACAGAAAAAAAAGCUUUCAUUAGUUUCAUAUUAUAUAGCUUGCCAACUCAUACUCACACACGAAGUACUAGUCAAUUUACAAUAAAAAUCUUACAUUAUUCAUUUUUGUAUGUUGAAAUAUUUUUUAAUCUCGUUGGCAGUAAGUAGUUGAAAAUAGCAAUGCAUUCAUAGUUAAAUAUUCAUUAAAGUUCAGUCAAAGAGCACUAGAAACUAAUGAGGGUCUACAUUGGACGAUACAUCCUGGUCAGCCAGGUGUCUUUAAAUAAUAAUCUCAGAUACUAUUUCAUAGUAUUUGGAUUGCGAUUUUAAGGCAGAACACAUUUAAAAAAAUAGGUAUGCUUUAUAAAAUAUAGUGUCACUUUAAUUUGCAAAUGAUACAUUGGAGGAAACGAGAGAUUUAAUAUACAAUAGUAAUGUACAUAAGAAAUAUUUUGUUUCAUCUGUCUGUCGUUUUCCGCGUAAAAAAACUUUUUAUUCGUUUUAAUUGAAUU